AUGGAUCCUGACAGUGAAGGCCACAAGGACGGAGGAGCAUCGGCAAAAGGAACUCAGUCGAGGACUUCUCCUAAACCAGCUCCGACCAGGUUCUAUCUGCCUUUGAACAUUGCUUUCUAUCUAUGCUUCGCUUCUCAUCUGCUGGCGGCCCUCUAUGCACCCAUUCAAGACUGCGAUGAGACGUUCAAUUAUUGGGAGCCUCUACACUACCUGACUCAUGGCUACGGCCUCCAAACAUGGGAGUACUCUCCGGAGUUCAGUAUACGAAGCUGGGCGUAUAUUGUCAUUCAUGCUAUCCCGGCGAAGAUAGCAGGCUUCGUCGGACGAGGCAAGACUUUCGAGUUCUAUGCUCUGCGGGUCGUUCUAGCCUUUGUCUGUGCGGCGACUGAAGUCAGAUUGUACUCAGCCAUAUCCCGCGUCCUCAACCCGAGAAUAGGGGUUAUCUUCUUGAUGAUCGUCGCCUUCAGCCCAGGCUUCUUCUAUGCCUCAUCUGCAUUCGUGCCUUCGAGCUUUGCUAUGUACACCUCUGCUCUUGGCCUCACCUCCUUCAUGGACUGGCAUGGUGGGCCAAGAACCGCAUCUGGCAUUAUGUGGUUUGGCAUUGGUGCCUUGCUAGGAUGGCCUUUUGCGGGUGCCCUCAUCAUACCUUUUGUGAUCGAGGAAUGGGUGACCACUUUGGUCAGUCAAGCAGAUGUCUUUGAAACAUUCCGGCGAUAUCUUGAUGGGAUUGUUCGCUGUCUGAUCGCCCUGGCUCUUCAAGUCGGCAUUGAUGCUUUCUUCUUCCACAGCCCUGUCAUCGUGCCAUGGCGUAUUGUGGCGUACAACGUCUUUGGCGGUAAAGACCGUGGGCCAGAUAUCUUUGGGACAGAACCUUGGGACUACUACUUUCGCAACCUUCUCCUUAACUUCAACUUGUGGUUUCUACUUGCACUCGUCGCAGGACCUCUGCACUUGGUGCAAUGUCUUAUAUUCAAGCAACAGAUAACGAACCAACCACUCAUUCGGACACUCACCUUUCUCUCACCUUUUUAUCUGUGGCUCAGCAUCUUCACACUGCAGCCCCACAAAGAAGAGAGAUUCAUGUUCCCAGCAUACCCCUUCCUUGCUCUAAACGCAGCUAUAGCCUUUCAUUCAUUGUUGAUAUGGGUUGGAUCGCCAAACUCAAUCAUCUUUGGGAGAAUUCCAGCCAAAAUCAAGCUUGCUGCGGUGCUGCCGUUCGUGUUCCUGGCCAUCAAUAUCGGCCUUUUACGUAUCAUUGGAACUGUCACAGCAUACCGUGCACCCCUCCAGGUAUAUGAUCCUCUUCAACGAUCCACUGUAACACAAAACGGGAGCACAGUAUGUUUCGGCAAGGAGUGGUACCGCCUCCCAUCUUCACACUUUCUACCCGAUCCUAUCCACGCAAAAUUCAUCAAGAGUGAAUUUGAUGGACUUCUGCCUGGCGAGUAUCACGAGGGCAAGGUUGGCUUUGGCCUAUUCCCUGGAACCUGGCUGAUGCCAUCCGGCAUGAACGAUCGCAACGAAGAAGAUAUGGGCAAAUAUAUCGAUGUUCAACAUUGUACCUACUUGGUCGACUCAUACAUGCCGGGGAUGAAAGUGACGGAACAUGAACCAUUGUAUGCUUUGGAUGGGAAUUGGGAGCGCGUCAUAUGUCUGCCGUUCCUAGAUGCAUCCCGCACUGGCUUAAUAGCUCGAACAAUCUGGCUACCCGAUCUUCCGUUGAUUCCUGAAAGAUAUCGACGGCAUUGGGGAGAACACUGUCUUCUUAGACGAAAAGACGCCUAA